ACCACCAUAAAUUAGCUUAUCUUUCUAGGGUUUCUUCUCUCUCUUGUUGCCAAGAAAUGCUUAUAUCCACCACUCUGCUGUUUCGCUCUCUUCAUUCCUAAAUUCCCAUUUUCUGCAUCCAUAAGUUCAAUUUGGAGGAUCAGGAAAGCAAUCUCGUCUACAUUUGAGCCAUUUGCGUAUGCUCUACAUCUUUGGUGAUCAUGUCCAACAAUUUGGUUUCCCAGUACCCGAUCUCAGAUAGGCAGUUGGCUCAGAUGGAGCAUGGUUCUAGCUCUCUUGAAUUUCCAGUGCCAGAGAUGCCUAUGAAAAUGGCAGGACAGGUACCAAGCAAUCCUGAGCCACAACAUUUCUCUGUACCAGUAGAUCAAAGUGGUCUAUUAGAGUCUCUCUCUGGUGAUUCUGGGUUCAAUGCCUCAUUGUUGCCGAAUAAUAUGUUGGGGCAUAAUGAAUCCUCUGGUGUUGGUAUGGGAUCAAACCAAGUUUGGAUGUCGAACCAGCUAGGUCCGGAGCAUGCAAUUUCUCCCAACAGCAUAGCUGCACAGAAGGCUUCAUUCCCAUUGAAGCGGAAGGCUGAGAUGGAACCGUCGUCAAACAGUGAUACUUCUCAGCAGUUUACUGAGCCUUACAAUCGGCCAGCACAUGUGGGAUCUGAUGCUAAUUCUCCUGGACAUCUGCAGCAUUCAGCACAUCAAAAGAGAACUGCCCAAUCCCAGUCUCGAUUGGGCUCUCCAGUUACGCCUGUUCAACCUAUCAAGAAAAUGAUGCGGAAUGACUCCAUGUCUGGUAAGUCUGGCUUACAGCGUGGGCAAACUGGAAAGCGACAAACUGCCCAAACUGGAUCUGCAUCCAAGGUUCCUUCAGAUUCAUCCGAAGGAAUAAGGUCUAAACUGAGGGAAUCUUUGUCUGCGGCAUUGGCUUUGGCAUGUCAGAACCAGGAGAAUGCCUUGAUAACUCAGAAAAACCAGCAGGAUACACAUAAUGCCUUGGACCCACAGGAUUCUCAUGUCUCUAGUUCUAGUGAGGGAGGUCAGGUUCCUGUUUCUGGUUCUGCAGACAUUUUCCCUUCCAAUGAAUUGGCCUCAUUUAACAAAACAGGUGGUUCUCAGGUAUUCACUGCUGAGCUACCUCAUGGUGAAAGUAGAGGGAAUGAAGCUCAGGCUUUCCAGGGGUUCCAGUAUAGUUUGCCUGAUGAGGAUGUUCCAUUUGGUGAUAACUUCUUUGUUAAAGAUGAUCUUCUGCAGGGCAAUGGGCUUUCUUGGGCAUUUGAUUUUGAUAUGCAUAUGGGAGAGGGUAAGGAAAGUCAACAUACUGAAAAGUCGCUGAAAGAUGAAGCAAUUAUGCCGAAACAAGAAGUUGCAACUUUGACACCAGAAGACUUGGCUUUCAAAAUUGAAGCUGAGCUGUUUAAAUUAUUUGGUGAUGCGAACAAAAAAUAUAGAGAGAAAGGCAGGUCUCUUUUGUUCAACCUCAAAGAUCGUAACAAUCCGGAACUGAGAGAAAGAGUCAUGUCUGGCAAAAUAUCUCCGGAAAGGUUAUGUUCAAUGUCAGCUGAAGAGCUUGCUUCCAAGGAGUUAACAGAGUGGCGUAUGGCAAAAGCAGAAGAGUUGGCACAAAUGAAAGUUUUACCUGAUACUGAGGUUGAUAUAAGACGUUUGGUCAGGAAAACACACAAGGGUGAGUUUCAGGUGGAAGUGGAGCAUGAUGAUCCCAUCGUUGCAGAGGUAUCUGCUGGGACUUCUUUGUUGACACGACCUUUAAAGAAAAAAACUGUUGAAUCUCAAUCUCCUUCUGGAGCUAGCAUUGAAUAUAAAGAGAAGGUUACAGGCCAAGGAAACAGUUUAGAAGGCCCGGAUCUCCCGGGCAGCCUGAUUAUUCAGACGGAUGGAACUGAUCCAAUGCAAGGAAUGAUGGUGGAUGAACUCAAGGAUACUGACCUGCCUCCUAUUGUUUCGUUGGAUGAGUUUAUGGAGUCCCUUAAUAAUGAGCCUCCAUUUGAGAAUCUAUCUGCAGAUGGGGGGAAGAAGUCUCCUGUAUCAUAUGGUGAAAGCCCAAAACGUCCUAGCAACCUUAGGGCUUCUAAUCGUGUUUCAGAAAUACGAAAAGAUGCUACCCCCAAAAAGGCUCCUUUAGUCAAGAAACCUAACUCGAAGGAUUUGAGUGGUAGUCCUGCAAAAGAAACAGCUCGUCCUAGUGAUGUACCGAAGAAAGCUGAUUUAGUCUGGAAUGGUAUCCUUCAGCUCACCAUAUCAUCCUCAAUCACUGUUGGUGGCCUAUUUUACAGUGGUGAGAAGACAUCAACAAAGGAGUGGUCUGGUUCUCUUGAGAUCAAGGGCAGAGUUAGAGUUGAUGCAUUUGAAAAAUUUCUGCAAGAACUCCCCAUGUCUCGAACACGUGCAGUCAUGGUUCUCCACUUCAUUUUGAGGGACAAAUCAUCUGAGGAGCAGCGUUCUAACCUCACUGAGGCUAUUAGCUCGUACAUAGGUGACGAGAGGCUGGGAUACGCUGAGCCAGUCGCAGGCGUGGAGCUCUACCUCUGCCCGCCGGCUUCUAGAAUGUUUGAAAUGUUGAACAAGCAUAUACUCCGGGAACGCCCAGGAACUGAGGAAUCCUUCGAAAACGGACUAAUUGGUGUAGUUGUAUGGAGAAGAGCUCAUAUAAGCAACGCAAUAUCACCUAAUUCAUCGUCCCACCAAAAACACGCCUUCAAAAAGCAACCUUUAGCUGCUCCCCCUAAGAGAUUUCAUGACUCGCCGAAUCUUAAUCCUAAUACCCCAACUAGGAAAUCCCAGCUGCCCCCGGCGGAUGACGACGACGAUGACAUCCCGCCUGGGUUCGGCCCUGGUGCAGCGGAGAAGGACGACGAUGAUUUACCCGAAUUCAACUUCUCCGCCAGGGAAUUGAACCCGUCAGCGUCUCGUAAUCAACUCCACGGUUUUAAAAAGCUGACAAGACCAGUAGAGGAUGUGAGAGAGCUUAUCAAGAAAUAUGGGCAAGGUGGGCCUAGUGUGGUGACCAGUAAGAGUGUGGUAGUAGAUGAUAGGAGAUUGGGGAUUGAACCUUGGAAUGAUGACGACGAUGAUGAUAUACCGGAGUGGCGGCCGCAGGCCCCACAACAGCUGCCGCACCACCAGCCUUACGCGGUGCCCCACGGCCAUCAGCUGCCGCUGCACUUACAUCCUAGUGAUGGUCGUACGCCUCCACCUGCUGUGACCCAGCUGCAGCGGCCACCCGGUGGAGCUUGGGCUCCGCCACCGGGUUACCAACAUGGUCCGAGAUGGAGGCAGUACUAGUUAGCUUUUCACUAGCUGUAUAUAAAUUUUGAUGUUUUUUCUUUCCCUAACCACACUUCUGUUUCUUGUUCUAAAGGUUUUCAGUUAUAUAAGUUAGGUUGUUCAA